GAACACGUCCCCGCAGUUAGUGCCGACCUCAGGCACUCAUGGUGCGGUCGCGACGGAGGUGGGACAAUGUUCGGAGGUUGGGGUUAAUAUCAUGAAAGAGGGCGGAAAUGCUGCAGACGCAGCCAUUGCUAGCUCGUUAUGCGUGGGCGUCAUCUCAGCAUAUCAUUCGGGUAUCGGCGGAGGCGGAUUCAUGCUCGUCCGGUUCAACCAGCCUGGUGGAUCACACGACUAUGAAAUGAUUGACUUCCGCGAGACCAUGCCAGCUGCUGGCAACGAGACCAUGUACCUUACCGCGACUAGCCCCACCGCAUCCACUGUGGGCGGACUAGCAAUCGGCGUUCCCGGCGAGCUGCGCGGAUGGGAAGCUCUACAUCAAAGGCACGGCAAGCUGCCGUGGAAGAAGCUUUUCGAGCCCGCCAUUUAUAUCGCUCGUAACGGCUUCGAAGUCAAUGUUGACUUGGCUAACGCGCUCUCUGCAACUUCUUACCCCUUCUUGACGCAUGAUCCCCUCUGGGCCGAGGUGUACGCGCCGAAUGGGACCCUGCUGAAACAGGGCGACACUGUAUAUCGCAAGAGAUACGCCAAUACUCUCGAAAAGCUGUCCAUCUAUGGCGCAGAUUACUUCUACAAGGGCGAGCUAGCUGUCAACACCGCCGAAGCUGCUUAUGCGCGUGGAGGCAUCCUGACCACAGCGGACCUGGCCAAUUACACCGCUAUCAUCCGCAAGCCCUCAAACAUCACGUAUCGCAACCAUCGCAUCUUUUCGACUAUUGCUCCUUCCUCUGGCUCGGUGGUGCUUUCCGCUCUUAAGAUCUUCGAGGGUUAUCCCGGGAACGCGCUGCCUUCGGACCCCGCUAUCAACCUCACCACUCACAGGCUGAUAGAGGCGACAAAAUUCGCCUAUGGCCAGAGGACCAACUUUGGAGACCCAGCGUUCACCGCGAACGUCUCUAGUUUGGAGCAAGAGUUCCUCACAGAAGCUUCAGCGGAAGCCGCUCGGGCAAAAAUCAGCGACAAUCAGACGUUCAACGCGCUCUACUACAACAUCAACAAUUAUCUGGUAUUGAAUGACUCCGGUACCUCCCACGUCGCUGCAGUCGAUAAAACUGGUAUGGCUGUAUCAUUGACCACCACUGUGAAUCUGUACUGGGGAAGCCAGGUCAUGACAACCGAUGGGAUCAUCUUGAACGACGAGAUGGACGACUUCUCAAGCCCCGGUCAAACGAACGCAUUCGGGUUCGCCGCCUCACCAGCUAACUACAUCGCGCCUGGAAAGCGCCCUCAAUCAUCCAUCGCGUCAUCCAUCGCGGAGGACCUCAGCACAGGCCAAAUCUCAAUAGCCACCGGGUCCGCGGGCGGUUCCAGGAUCAUCACCGCGACGCUACAAAACUUGCACUGGUAUUUGGAUGUCGGCUUAUCGCCCUCCGACGCUGUCCAUCAAGCUAGGUGGCAUGACCAGUUGACCAACGUCACGUAUUUCGAGAUCGCGGCCCCGCAGUUGGGCAUGGCUGGGUUCGACAAUCGAACAGUGAACUACCUGGCCGGACUUGGCUACAAUAUUACCUACGAGGAUGAGAGUGGAAGCACGGGUCACAUAAUCGGACGUGCUGCGAACGGGACUCUGACUGCUGCUAGCGACCCUCGUAAGGCCGCCGGUCGCGGAGCAGCCUUCUGAGGGUUACGUAUUAUGUUGUAUGGGGUCCAUCUUAUUUACAAUACAGUGGACGCUAUCUGGACGGACCAGUACGUUGGGGCCUACUGCGCGGAUGGGUACAUAGGCAUUAUGAGGAUUCCACUCAAUCUACGACUCCCUCGACCCCCCCACUUGGGUCAGCACGC